AUGUCAAACUCCUCAAAUAUCCGUGCUGCAAUUAUUAUCAUAAAAUCGCUCAGUCAGUUUAUUGAUAUUCAAGUCAUUCAAAAUACCUUCUCAGAAUUUAUUGAUUUAUUACUUACACCUUUUGUAAUUAUUCUAAACCAUGAUAUAGCUUGGGCAUCCUUAUGAACGGCUCCAGCCUUCAGUUCCAAUUGCCAAGUUCGUCAACUCUGCGAAUUUGCUAAAUUAAGAAACAAUUUGUCAACUGGAGUUGAUGAAGAAAACUCUCCACAUGGCAAGUGGAGUUAAAGGCUUGGGCCGUCCAUAAGAUGCCAAAGUUAUAUAUCCUGUUAAUGAAAUGUAUAUUAUAUAAGGAAUAUCGAGCAUUUAACAAAUUUAAAGUGCUUAUUUAAAACCAUCAGGAGCAUCCCAGAUAAAGCAGUGCUUGUGUAUACGCUUUUAUUACUUUGCCAAUCUUCAUCCCAUGGUUGCAAGAUUAGUGAAAAUACCAAAUAAGCUUCAAAAGCUGCACUAAUAUGCCGAUCUAUAUAGGUAUUGCUAUAUACUAAUAUUAAUAAUUAUAAAUUCUAAUAAAAUCAAUCUAGGCAUAAAAUCUACUUUAAGUCAUCAAAGGAAUUAGUGAAGAUCCUUUUAUUCUAAAUCUGAAUAAUCUUUAUAGCAGAAUAUAUCAGCGUGUCAUUUAAUCGGAACGUUUUCCUUGAAUGGCAUUUCCCAGGGACUUUUGGUCGAAUUUUUUCCCUAAUGGUACAUUUAAACGAGUUUUCAGGCAAAUUUUUCAUUAGCCAAAAUUUCCGAAAAAUGUCCCGAAGGAAAUGCAGGGGAAAAUUAUUUCAAAUGUCUUGAAUCGGAAUAAAUCAAUGUGGAGAUUUAUUUAAUAAGUCUGUUAGUGACUGCUUAGAGAUUUUAGUAAGCUAUUUAGGAUGCGCCAAUAAUUAUCAAACAAAUUUUGUAGUGAUGGAUUAUCAAUGGCCAUUUUAUUUUAACAAAUCAGAGUUAUAUGUAAAAAUUGCAAGCUUUACAAAUCAAUCAGGGCUAUUGUAUUGCUAUUGAGAUGGAAAGUGAAUGAAUUUAGGCAUAUCCUCUCCUCAGAAUACGAUUAAAGAAAAACCUUAUAAUGUUUAUUGAAAAUUCAGAGAUCCCUAUUAUGCUUUAGAUGAUUUUAUAUUAUAUCUUUUAUAUGCUUUUUAAAUCAUAUGCGUCUAGCAUACCAAAUAUUCAAAUCAGUAUUAUAAAUAUAAUAGCUUAUCCAGUUUUGCUUAAUUAACUCAGCCCAGCAAUUUCAAGAUAAAUGAAUUGUAGCCGCAAUAAUGAGUUUUACUUUGAAUUUCAAGAGAAUAAUCCUACCUAAUCCUAAAAUUGCAAUUCAUAUAUAAGUUGAAUAAAUACAAAUCCUUCUCAAUUAUUAUCAGACUGGGUUUCAAAAAACCCAAAAAGGACACUAGGCAACACAAACACAAUGCCCGCUUUAACUUCCAGUGAAUAUUUAGCAAGGUUUGAGAAGGAAAUCGCUGAAUUGAGGAAUCAGGUUCAAAUUAAGGAUCAAAAGAUUCAUGAAUUAGAAACUGAAAAUAAAAAUGCAAUAGAAGACAUGCUUCAACAAUUGCAAAGCAAAAAUCAAGUUAACCCAUAUGCAUCCCAAAGCAUUAGUUCAAUUGUGAUAAAUAAUCCUGUAGAGCUAGUGGCUGCUUUAAAAAGCCCGUCAAAGCAUCCGUUGCCUAAUUACGGAAACACUUGUUAUUUAAAUGCAAUAGUCCAAGUCUUAGCAAGUAUGAAUAUUUUCAUUAUAGAGCUGAUAAAAGCGAAAGGCCCAACCUUAAAAUUGUUAAGAAAUUUACUUAUAGAUAUGAGAUUGCCAAACAAACGAAAUGAAGCCGGUUUAGGGAUCAAACAGCUUAAGUAUGAUCUGAGCAUUGAAUUCCCCAGUGUAAUUAUAAAUUAGCUUAAUACCAAUGACCAGCAAGACUCAACAGAAGUACUAGGAAUGAUUUUUAACAAGUUUGAAGAAGAGUUCCCGAAUAGCAUCUUAUUUGUGACUAAUUCUGUUCAGACAUUUAAAUGCAAGUAUCAUGACUACAGUAGCAUAAUUAAAGACUCAGACACUUUUUUAGUAAUUCCUCCGCUUUUUUACAGCAAUGUUGAAGAAUACCUUCAAAGUUGAAAAAACCCAACAAUUUUCAGCGACAACGAUUUAUUAAAAUGUGACUUAUGUGGCUCAAAUUCGAUUUCCAUGAUGAGGAGAGUCCUUAUAAACAAGCCAAUUUACUUGAUAUUGUCAUUUCAACGCAUAGAUGUUGCAGUCAGACUUCCUGAAAGCUUGGAUUUUGAAGAAAAUAGGUACUUGCUGUUUGCGGUUGUGUCUUAUACAGUAUCUGGGUCUUCUGGGCAUUAUACAGCAUACACAAAAGAAAAUUACUCAUGAACGCAUUAUAAUGAUGAGCAUAUAGAAAAUAUUGAUUUUCUAAAUGGAAUUCCUGGGGUUUAUUUAGCUUUUUAUGCCCUGAAUUCUUUGGCUUCUUACUAA